GGGCGAGCAGUCCAUAGCCAUGCUGGUCAGGGGAGUAUCUAUAUAAUCUUAGAGGAUGAAAACAUUCCAAGCAUUUCUCCGCCGAGACCAAGAAGGGAGACACCUUCAACACCUACAGCUACAACUGUGUCAACAAGACCUAUUUCUUCAACACCUUCAGCUACACCUGUGUCAACAAGACCUAUUUCCCAACAAGCUGCAUCAAGACGACAACAUAUUCCUACCCAAGCUGCAUCAAUGCGUUCAGGCAGACAUAAUGCAGAUAUGCCAGUUUAUACCCACCGGGAUAUUUACCAUGCAGCGGGAGUUGAACUUGCAGAGGAAGAGAAUUCAUCCCUUCAUCCUCGUGAUCUGUAUGACCACCUGAAUCCAACAGAAUCACUGAUCAUUGAGAGGUCAGCUGAUGAUUCUGGCGAGGUGUUUCUUGAAGGCCCUCCUCUUCAUGAAAUUCUGGCAAGAUUGGUUGAGGGGGAGAUGGAGCAUGACAGACCAGAAAAAAUUGAUAUAAAAACAAGGAGGUACCACACUGUUGAGGAUACCACCUGGAGGUUUCUUCUUCUUGACCAUGAUGAAUACAAGAGGCAACUCAUAGUGAGAUUCUUGCACGAGGUAGCGAUAGACACUGGUGGCCCA